CUACAACUUGGCUAUCCGCGCUAGGAACACUUUCGUCCCUUAAGACCGUUUAGAGAAGGCUACCGUUAUUUCAGAUGCCUCUACAUCUGACCAUAGGUUAGCUCUCCGUGAAUGGCUGAUGUCAGGCUAACCGUGCUAUCCCUGCGUCGCUGCUCCUACGGACGGUUUUAUACGGAAUACAAUUCAGGAAUCAUUUGCGAGGUGUUAUGUGGUUCAUCUAUAAAUUUUUAUUCAAACCUAAAGCGAACCUCUGUUUUCUCUAUCAACAUUUACCACUCAUAACAAUAUCCUCUGAAACUUCAUUGUUCAGAUUUGGCUCUAAGAAAACAACCACGAUGCCUAUCGUUCCAGCAGGCGGUCUCGUCCUCGUUACUGGCGCCAACGGAUAUGUUGCUGGUGUAACUAUUCAGAAACUCCUCGAUGCUGGCUUUAAGGUCCGCGGUACGGUUCGCUCCAUCGAAAAGAAUAACUGGAUGCUCGACCACUAUGGGUCCAACUUUACCCUUGUCGAAGUGCCUGAAUUAAGCGCUGACGGUGCGCUUGAUGAGGCCGUAAAGGGCGUCGAUGGAAUCGCAAACGUUGCAUCUAGCGUGGCUUUCAACCCAGAUCCUGACGCUUUCAUCCCACCAGUUAUCAAGGGCGCCAUCAACGUUCUCGAGGCUGCGGCCAAAGAACCAAGCGUCAAAUCAGUCGUAUAUACGUCUUCGCAAGCAGCUUGUAUCCACCUCGAACCUGGAAAACCGUACUCUAUCACACCGGAAACCUACAAUGAAGGCUGCCUGAAUGCAGCAUGGACGUGGGAGGAUAAGGACGACAAGAGCAUGACUCGCAUGCUAGUCAACUACGAAUGCGCAAAGACGGCCUCUGAGAAGAAUAGCUUCGAGUGGGUAGAGAAGAACAAGCCGCACUUCACCUUCAACUCUGUUGUGCCGAAUGUCAACUUUGGCACCAUGGUGUCUUUAGAAAACACGGGUUUCCCUAGCUCCUCGAGCUUGCUCAAGAUGAUAUGGGAAGGAAACACCAUGCCAGCUUUCAUGAUUCCUCCUGAGUGGUACGUUGAUGUGGAGGAUACAGCGCUCUUGCAUAUUGCUGCCCUAACUCAGCCGGACGUCCAGAAUGAGAGGGUGCUAGCAUUUGGGGGGCGUUUCAAUUACAAUGAGAUCCUGGACUUGUUUCGCAAGUUAGUGCCAGAUCGGGCUUUCUUGAAGGAUAUCGAUGAACCGCCAUCCGACCAAGGAACCGUUGAUAACAGCCGUGGUACUGAACUACUCAAAAGACUGGGGAAGCCUGGUGGUUUUUCAACUCUUGAAGAAGCCAUCACGAAAUGGGUACCAUUCAUUCUGAAGUCUGAGAAUAUGGAUUUACCUGAGACAGCUGCAGACCGACUUCGAAAGUCGCUGGAGGAAAAGACGUAAAAGUGGCGAUGGCGACCUGGAGAAGCUCGAUGAUAUGCGGACAUCACGUGAUGCGUUUUGUGGGAAUGCGG